AGAAGCCCAGCGGCUGCUGAACCCUGCCCCAGGCACCCUGGGUGCCCCGCCCGGCCGGCGGUGCGUCUUUCUGCUCGCAGAACGUUCUGGAAGUUUGGUAAACCCUGAGCAGUCUCUGAGGACCUGGUGAGCAGAUUGUUGCACCAUUAGAAGCUAGGUUGAUCUACAGACAGACAGAUGGCUGAAAGUGGAAACGAAAAAAUAAAAUGGACAACCACCAUUAUUAUUAGCUCAUCUCUUAAGAGUUAUGAAGUUGCAACUGCCCUAGAAAAUCGAAGCCACAAAGUUCGAUAUUCAGAUUCAGUGGAAAAUGGAUCAAUUAUAUUUUCUCUUUCUGGAGUUGCAUUUUUAUUAAUGGAUACUAAGGAAUGUAUUCUGUCAACCGAAGAAAUAUUUCUAGCCAGAAUUGAGAAAUUUAUUAACAUUCACCAAAAUAGUUUUUUGGUUUUGUCUGCUGCCCUCCAUGGGCCUGAAGAAUGGAAAUUGAUGUUCAGAAUUCAGCAGAGAUUCCUGGGUCGUAACUUACGAAUACUUCCAGUACACAACACAGUAAAUGCUAUUAAUCUUAUGUGCACUAUAGCAAAGACUACCUCCAAACCAUACAUAGAUAGCAUUUGCUACAGAAUGAUAACAGCUAAAGCUUACAUCAUUGAGCAAAGUCCUGUUUGGAAAACACUUCAGAAGAUACAACUGAAUAGUGAUUCAGUUAACCCAAAUUAGAGUACCAACUUAAUGCUCUUCUCAAAGAAUGUGAAAAUAAUUAGACCUGUUAAAUUAUAAUCAAAUAUCUAUUUAAAGACAUAUUAAUUUGAAAUAAUAACAUGUAUACAAUUAAGUGAUUUUAUUUUAGGA